AUGUCUGAUGAUCAAACAGCUAUUGAUUGGAGCUUAUUAGAUAAACGCAUAGAAGAGCUUGAAUACUUGGUAUAUAAAGCAAAAGACGGAAAAGUGGCUGAAAGAAGGCGUUUUAAAUCGGUGGCUGAUGGGAUAUACAUUGUACAAGAUCGAUUAAAUCGUAGUCGAUCUGGAAAAACGAAUAUCAAGCAUGUGUGGCAACAACUCGAAUUUUUGCAUAAAAUUAUUUCAUCGGAAUUCUUUGAUGAGCUUACUGUUACGGACGAAGUGAAAAGAGAAAUAAUUCUUGCAAGUGAGACUUACUUUAGAGAUAUAUCGGAGCAUCUAGAAGAGAUCAAGUCUUUAGAAGAAUUCAUAAACAGUGAUAUUUGGAAAAAUGUGCCAGACCAAAUUGAGAAAUUUAGAGCACUACAGGAGAUUUUUGCUAAACAACAGGAUGAGACUGAACAUCUUUCUGAACAGGUCCAGGAGUUACUAAUAAACUAUAAUAGCGCCGUAUCCAAACAACAAAUUACCAAUAGCUCCUAA